GACAGCGUGAACGCUCCCAGGCAGAAGAACAUGACCUCUACGCCGCGGGACAAGGGCUACCCUCUUGGUCCACUCAAUCGCAGCAACCAUGGCUACUUCCACCCCGGCAUGAUGAACUACAGGAAUGGGUCGGUGAAUGGCUACGGACAGUGGGAUCCCAGCCACGAAGACCAAUACGCAAACACCGGCGGGUUUGGAUACCAACAGGGGCCCCAUAGCCAAUUUGGCGACAAUCCCAAUUUCCAACAGAACGGCAACUAUGAUAAUGAAUUCAUACCGGAUUGGUCCGGUCAUCAAGACCACCCAAAUUGGAGGAGUUGUGGCGACGACUCUGGUUUCGGCCCCAACGGCAGCUACGGCCAUGAGUUUUUCGAAGAGCAUCCAUGCCAACAGGGUCCCCAACACCAUCCUAAUUGGCUGGAUUCUGGCAAUGGCUCUGGUUUUGGACACAAUGACAGCUAUGGUCAUGGGUUUGUCGAAGAUCGAUUUUAUCAGCAGAAUCCUCAACAUCAUCCCAAUUGGGUCUGUGAUGGUUUCAACCACAAUGGCAGCUGUGGUCAUAGGUUCACGGAAGAGCAGUUUUAUGAUCCACAACCUCGUCGCAGUUGGCCCAAUCUUGGCAAUGACUCCGGCUUCUCACUCAACGGCAGCUCCGGUUAUGGAUUCACGAGACAGCAUCCGUGUCUCCCUUUGCAACACCCUGGCCAACUCGGACCCAGCAAUGACCCUAGCUUCCAGGAGGAUAUUAGCUUCCACGAAGGGAACGUAGUGGUUUAUGACUCUAACUGCUUGCCACACCCCAUACCUCCGCCCCAACCAGAGAAUGACAUCCCGCCAAAUAGGUGGUACCCCGACGACUAUGGAGACCGACAGACAGCACCACCCAACAUGGCAGAAAUGCAUCAAAACGGCUUCCUCUUUCCUCCUCCUCCUCCUCCUGGACCCAUUGAUGGACGUUUGGUGCAGGCACCCUUUCAGUCGCCGUACGGAUCUCCUCGGGGAGCCCGGGGCGGGUGUCGGAACAGGUUCAUUGUCAAUUGCCAACAGUCCCAGAAGAACGUCCACAACAAGAAGCACCGGAAUGGCUCCAGAAAGGCCCGGGGAUCAAGAAAAACUCCUUAUAAACCUCCCUACUCCUUGUAGCCAUAUGCCGGCGGGCAUAAAGGACCUUCAACACGAAACUUGACCUGCAGCUGGAAUUGCAGGACGUGCCUUUGGGUUUGGGUUUGGACCUCAAUUCUUUGGGGGUCCGUUUGUACCCAGUUUUAGGAACAAGUGAAGGGAGACGAUGGGCAACGAGACCCAUUUGGUCUCUUACAAAACUCCUUUUUAAAAAAUAAUAUUUGGAGCAAAAAUGCCUCCAAUAAUCCCAAACAUUAGGAGAAUGCUCCAAAA